GUUCCGCCGGUCCGCUUUUCCUUUUGACGAGCAAGCUAGUUUUCAUCUUGUAAAGUAUUUGCGGGUUCGCUUUUUAUCGACGCAGGCUUGUUUCUGUCUCCUCGCUGGCUUGCUGCUUCUUCUGGAUAGCUGAUUCAUCGCCGCUCCUUCGCCUUCCUUGUGAUUUUUCUCCGCGGAGGCCGUGCACUGAAAAGCUUUGAACCGAAAGGAAAAGUGGCUGAGGAAUUAUGUUUAAGAACACAUUUCAGUCUGGUUUCUUGUCUAUCCUGUACAGUCUUGGGAGUAAACCUUUGCAGAUAUGGGAUAAAGAAGUGGUUAAUGGGCAAAUCAAACGACCUCAUGAUGAAGAUAUUCAAUCCAGUGUCCUCGAAAUAGCUGGAUCAAAUGUUCAGUCAACAUACAUCACUUGUCCAGCUGAUCCCGCAGCAACACUUGGCAUAAAGCUUCCCUUUUUGGUCAUGAUUGUAAAGAACUUGAAAAAAUAUUUCACCUUUGAGAUUCAGGUGCUGGAUGAUAAGAAUGUCCGUCGACGAUUUAGAGCAUCCAAUUAUCAAUCGAUGACACGUGUGAAGCCUUUCAUCUGCACCAUGCCUCUUCGGUUGGAAGAUGGAUGGAAUAACAUUCAGUUAAAUCUUACUGAUUUAACCAGAAGAGCAUAUGGUACGAACUAUGUGGAGACUCUCCGAGUGCAGGUCCAUGCAAACUGCCGCUUGAGGAGAAUCUACUUCUCAGACCGCCUUUACUCUGAGGAAGAACUUCCUCCAGAAUUCAAGCUCUAUCUCCCCAUGCAGAAGGUUUAAUCUACCCAAAUGAAAUGCUGCAGGGCCGAUACGGCUGAUGUUUUUCUAAUUAUGUUGUGGGGAAGAUUAUUGUAACAGAAUGGAACUCUUUUAGCUGUUUGACAGUUUUAGUGCUUUUUCAGUUGAUUUUAUCGUUAUGGUUGGUUAAAUGUAAGUUGGUUUCAUCCACUGUAGUUGGUUGGUUAAAUAAUCGAUAUGUUUUGAGCAUUUUUUUUUUU